AUGUUAAAAUCUAGAGCACCUCCAGAACAAGAAGAUCCUCAGGCAGGAUGUCAAUUAAUGGAUGGAUUUGGUAUUUUCAUUCAAUUAUGUUUAGCUACUAUAGCCUUUUCUACUUUGAUUUAUAAACGACAAAGAGAACAACCACAACGACCUAUCCGAAUUUGGGUGUUCGAUGUCAGUAAACAAUUGGCAGGCGGAAUAAUGAUCCAUUCUUUAAAUGUAGUGGCAGCUGUCUUUUUUGGUAUAAAGCCAGAAGACGGAUUACGACUAUUGGGGUUUCAAAGUGGACUCUAUGGCGAUCCCCCCUUGACAGAACAACUUAAGAAAUGGGCUAAACAACUCUGUGUGUACAUUAUAAGUUUAAUUAUCAUGAAGGUCAUUGUAGUUGCUUUAUUUCAUAUAUGUCCCUGGAUUGCGGAUUUUGGUGAUUGGGUCUUGAAGUGGACAGUAGGCAAUUAUAAACUUCAACACAAGUCAGACAACAAAAACAUAAGAUUAAAUAGAGAGGAAGAAGAUGCGGAGACAUUAUUACGGCCAUCACAAGAUGAAGAAAACAAUAGCAAUGAGCCAACAAGGUAUAGUACAAGUGAUAACGAAUCAUUUGUAAGUAUACAUCAUCCAUCAACCUUUUUACAACAAGAAGAAACAAAUACAAUUGUAAAUUUAAACAAUGACACAUAUGAAAUGAAAUCAAAAAUUCAACAUUAA